AUGACUUUUCUAGGGCAUGCAGUUUUUGUUGAGGGGAUCUGCGUUGAUCUGAAGAAGAUUGAGGUUGCACUUGAUUGGAAACAGCCUAAGAACGUAUCUAAGAUCUAUCUAAAGAGGCAUGAUAUCGAGUACUCUGUGGGGGACUUUGUUUUUCUUAAGGUUCCUCCAUGGAAGAAGUUGGAGCUACCUCCAGAGAUGGAGCGUAUCCACAAUGUCUUCCACGUCUCGAUGUUGAGGCAAUAUUGGUUUGAUCCUUCUCAUGUUGUUUCUAUUAUGAAAAUUGAGGUUAGGCCAUAUUUGACUUUUGAGAAGGAAUCAGUUCAGAUUCUAGAUCGAGAUGUUAAGGUUCUGAGGAGGAAAUCCAUUCCUUUGGUAAAGGUUCUGUGGCAGAAUCAUGGUACUGAAGAGGCUACGUAG